AUGGGGGGCAUGGCAAGGUUGGUGCUCGUGGCCGUUCUCUUCCCAUCUCAGACAGAUGCAUCGUGCCUGUCAGCGGCCAUUAACAUCAGCGAGCGGAAGUACUUGACGAAUGUCAAUGGCGAGUCCUACCCCAUUGGCAUGUGGAUCGGUGACUGGGAUGCGUCCUUCAUGACAACCCACCUGCUGAAGAUCAUCAUAGAGGAACGAAUGGGCUUCCACGCUGAGGCCACAGGUCCUGGUCCUGACACUUUGAGUUGCUUCUACGCGCUACUUGGUUGUAAGGCGCCUGGCAACAGCAGCGACAGGGGAUGUGGUCAACCAGUGACCUACAACCACAUCAAUCUCGAGGCAUGGUCGGAAAGCUAUCUGAAUGAGUGGAAGCUCAUCCAAAGUCGGUACGCCUCCAUGGCUCCUGUGGACGUGGGAAGCAUGGGUUACGAUGGCACCGCUUCAUUUUUCAUCCGGCAGACGGUGCAGAGCCAUGCUUACCACGAGGAUGGCACUGUCCUGGACUUCUACCGAGGAUGGAAUACGUCGUGGAGCCAGCCGUCGAAGUACUUCGAUGACCUAGCUUCUAUAGACCGUGACUUGAUGGUGCCUUGUGCACAAACUCGCUUCAUGGUGGCAGAGGCGAACCAGAACUAUCUGCGAAUCACAGGUGACGAUGCGGGUGUCGAGAUGCUCCCGGAUGGCACGCUUGCCGCCGUUUGUCCAGACGACUACUUCUGGCUCUCUCCGAGCUGCCGGGAAGAUUCGACUCGCUGCGUGCCCUACGUUACUGGUGGCUCGGGUUGGCAUCAUGAUGAUCUGAUGCAAAAGGUCACCAGCUAUGAUAUGCCUGUUGCCAUUGGGGUUGCAAGAUCAUGGUCGACACUACCUCGAGAGGUCAAUGUGUUCUUUUACUGGUGGGUUCCAGAUACUACGUUUUUGGAUCUUGAUCCAGUCGAGAUCGUUUUUCCUCCAUAUGACUUCCGUGCAUACACCAGUGGUGACAAGCGCACUGUAGCUGCAUCGACCGCAAUUACCAAGAUCGUGAGCCAAGACUUGGUCACCUUAGCGCCCUCGGUGGAAGACCUCGUGCGGAACUUGCGACUGGGCCGUAACGAUGUCAUGAACAUGCUGAGGGACAUGCAAGACACCGGGGACUCCUAUGCGACUGUGGCCUGUCGCUGGUUACAGUCGAACCCUAGCUGGCAGGAUUGGCUGCCGGACCGCACAAAGUGCUCCCCCGGCUUCGGUCUCUACGACACGGCGCAAGAUACCUUUAUUGGCACACGUGCAGAUCCGACCUUCUUGGAGUGCCGUGCUUGUGUGUCCGGAAGAUAUUCAGCUCGGUUGCUUGACGCCGUGGGAAUUACCCAUGUGUGCGAGUUCUGUGCGCCUGGAAGUAGCCAGGCAUCGGGUGCUGCUUUGCAGUGCGAACCGUGCCAACUUGGGAAGUCACAGAAUAACUCUGGCAGUCAAGAAUGUAAUCGUUGCAAAAUCGGUGAGUACCAGGAUGAGCUUGGUUCCAGCAGCUGCAAGCCUUGCUCAGGUGGCACGACCCUAGGCUUGGGAUCCUUUUCACUUGAGGACUGUGGCUGCCCGACGGGCUAUAUCGAUGCUUCAAGUAGCACGGCGAACCUGAGCUGCAUCGAGUGCGGGGAAGGCUUGGACUGCCCAGCGCUCGCCACGCUACAGGGCCUUCGGUCCGGCAGCUCGAAGAUUGGCCCAGAGUUUGUGGCGAGCAUCCUUCCCGGGUUCUACAGCAGCAUGGCGGAGCCGCUGGAGCUGUAUCGCUGCGUCGAGGCUGCUGCAGGCACCCGCUGUCCGGGUGGCAUCCCUGCAACCUGUACGGGACUACUGAGCAACACGGCCUGCACCGAUUGCCCCAGCGGAAAGCACUGGGACAGGUCUGGGGGACAGUGCGAGGAGUGCACGCCCUGGCAGCAACUAGGCUGGAUCCUCGCAGUCGCGGUGAUGUUGUCUGGCCUGGUCAUGGUCUACUACAUGAUGACUGCUCAACAAACGGCCAAGGCCUCCGUGCUUUUUACAACGACGUGUGCAUUCGGCAUGACCAUCUCGUCGCUACAAUCCGUCGGCAUCAUUGGGACGAUGACCGUUCGAGUCCCCGAAGGUUUGAAAGCCAUCUAUGCAUUUCUUCAGGUCUUUCUGCUGGACUUCGACAACUUUGCUUUCAGCUGCGUCGCAGGUGGUUCUGCCCGUGCUCGUUACAUCGUGUCGGUUCUUGUCUUCCCGGGUGCUGCAUGCUGGCUCGUGUGCUGCCACUACGCUUCCAGGCUCUUGCCCAAGAAGCUGCAAUGGGAAGGCAGCAAGACGAAGAGCACCACAGGGGCCUUGCUUCAGCUUGCAUUCAGCACGAUGAGUACCAUUUCCAUGGCACCGAUGAUGUGCUUCAGUCACCCGAAUGGCGUCUUCAGCCUCUUGAAGUACCCCAGCAUCACUUGUGGCACGGAGGAUCACACCGUCAUGCUAAUCUUCGGCGUGUUGCUUCUCCUGCUGGGCGUCAUGGGCUUCCUGGCAGUAUGCACCUAUGCCGUGAUCGUCGUGCCGAGCUGGAGCAGGAACGGGCUACAUGCAAAUGUGAAAGCCUUCAGAUUCCUUCUUUUCCGCUUUCGGCUGGACUCCUGGUGGUUUGGAUUGCUGUUGCUGCUACGGGGUCCGAUGAUGUCGCUCCCUAUCGCGCUGGCGACGGACUAUCCACCUGUCCAGGUCAUGUCUGUUAUGCUCGUGUUUUUGGUCAUACUAAUCAUCCAGGCGAAUGCCUGGCCAUGGAAGGUGCCGCUUCUGAACGUGCUGGAUUGCUUCAUUGGCUUCUGCAUUACAAUGCUUGUGGCUUCGACUUCAUUGUACUUGGGCGGCCUCGAGGGUAGCAUGAAGGACUUCGCCGAUGGAGUGGGUUCGGUGAUCAUGGGCAUGAUGGGAGCAGCCGUAACCCUGCUUUUCGUCAUGACCGUCACUGCCUUGACUUUCCGGGCGGCGCUUGGCGGGCAGCAGGAGCUCAUCGCUUUCAACCUCCAGAGGACGCCGGCGCCCACCCUCGUUGCGGAAACCGUGCAGUCCAUGUCAGCCCAGCUCGCAAAGAUGGAUCGGGCAGGACUGGUGAAGGCGUUGUCGGCGAUGGGAGUUUACGACAGCAAUUUGCUGCUGGCAUCAGUGUCUUUGCUCGGCACAGAGAUCGUCCCGUCCGAUGCCGAUCAGAUGGCAAAGAGGUACUGCUUCCGGAUCAAGUCCGCUUCCUUCGCGCCGCCGGCGCCACCCCAGAGUCCUUCCCCUGCCAAGAACAUGCCGGCCAGCAAAGCAACAGAGACGUCUAAGGAGGCAGAGUUUGACCAAAGUCCCAGCGAGGGCGACCUGUCUCCAACCAACGCCCGGGCAGCCGAAGAGCCAGGUCUGGCCAACGCAGCAAAACCUGGUGGAGUUUUGGGUUCAAGAUUGGGUCCUUCAUUGGGCGAGGAGGCGCAGCAGGCGUACAUCUAA